AGGCUCGCAGUCCCUGUAGGCCCCUGUGGGACCAGCUAGUCACUCUGGGGUGUUGGGACGCCUGCCCCCGCAUGGCGGAGGUCUUGGAAUCCGUGAGCGAGGUGCUUGAAGAUGUCGCAGAGCUGCCACGUUCGCGACGCUUUCCACCUUUGAGGCUCCUCCCACCCCUCCCAGGUCCGAACAUGGUGGACGCAGCCGAUGAUGUAGGUUCCAGCAUACGUACUGCCUCGGCACCCUGGUGGGAGGCUUUGUCGGAUGGAAGCAACGAGUGGUCCAUGGAUGAGUUUACAGAGUACACUUUGGAUUCCCAAGCCGACACCUCGGUCUCAAGUACCCGAGCCUCCACCAGCGCCACGACGGGCAGCAACCCACGGCAACAGGCUGCAGGUUUCAUCCCAGGCAUCCGUGGCGGGGCUGGCAGCCCCCACACCUUCCUACGAGGCUGGACCAACACUGGCUAUCGAGGGCGCUCAGUAACACGUCGGGAGAGUCAGAGCUCCGGUGCGGCCAUGCGGCACCGGCACCCCACGCACACACCCAGCCGCCCGCCGAACCCUCGUCGAAUCUUGGGCACCGCUGCCCAGAGUGGAACAAGCCAUCUCCACCUCUAUCACUUCCGCCCAAUAGGUCGUGUGCGGGAAGAAGAAUUCGGCGCAUGAGCGGCCCUGUACAGCAGGCGAUGUUGAUGGCGGCACGUCCUGAAGAGAUGAAC